ACGAGGGAGUGAGUCCGUGCCAUGGGGAGCCCAUGUCGCUCUGCUCCUCGCUCGUGCCUCAGGUACCUCUGGAUGUUUGCAGACCUCGGGUGCUGGGAGGCUGAGCUGCCAAGCGAAGCCGUGCCGGUGCCCACCAGGGCUGGCGUCUGUGUGUCUCCUGCCCUGCCCCUGGUGCUGCCUCCCGAAAUGAGCCCUUAGGCUCCUCGGCACCCCGGGCAGGGCUCCUGGUGUGUGUCCUGUGCCCCACGGCGACACGUGCCUGGGCCGGGGCAGCAGCCAGUGACCAGGGUGGGCAGAGGCAGAGCGAGGCAGGCACGAGGGCUUGGUGCUGGUGCGGGGGUAAUGCCAGGACAGGGCUGCGGCGGGAGGUUUGCCCUGUCUGCACGGGUUGGAGGAGCCCUGCAUAGCGGUGCUAAUGAUGGCACAGACAGGGGACGAUGGCAGGGACAAGGACGUGGCUGGGUGUGAUCCCCCUGCUCAGGACCCAUCCCCCAGGUCCUGCCCCUGUGCCGCCUGGGUCAGGGACGCGUCCCCAAACACGAGCUGUGGCGGUGGCCCUGCGAGAGGGAGCUGUGCUGCGGGCCAGCACGACGGCAGGCGAGAGCUGUGGCGGGCGCGGGCGGGCAGGCUGCCCGGGGCUGCACGGUGGCAGGAGGUACGAUGGCCCCGGGACACCUCGCUCUCCCGAGGCAGCCCCACCGCAGCCUCCCCAAGCCACAGCCCUGCGGGUGAGAGCUGGAGAGACACCAGCAGCCGCCCUUCUCCACGGUGAGGGGCAGGGAGAGAUCCCCCGGUCACACCGAAGUUGCCAUCUCGGUGUCCUUCCUCCUGGCUGGUUCCCACAUGCCUGAAGCUGGCUCAGUGUCCCCGAGCCAUGGUCUCACCCCCUGCCCACAGAGCUGGUCCCCCACAUCGGCAGCCCAGCCAGCCCUGCUGCACCUCUGGUGGGUGCUGGGUGCAGGAUGGGGCCCUGUGCCCAGUCCAGCCACGCACAACGGGUCCCCUGUGCCCAGUUCAGCCGUGCCCCACACACGACGGGUCCCCUGUGCUCACUCUGUCCAUGCAUCAUGCAUGAUGGGUCCCCUGUGCCCAGCCAUGCGUCCCACAGCCACUCCAGCCAUGCCCCACACAGAUUUGGGUGCCCCACACCUUGUCCAGCCCCAUGCAGAGAGGGUGCUCUGUGUACAGCGGGUAACCUAUGUCCAUACAUCCCACGCAGGAGCUCCCCGUGCCCAUGUGCAGCAGCCCCCCGCGCCUGCCCUCCCGCUGCCAGCACCCCACGAACACGAGGCGCCAGCCCCAGUGAGGCAGAGCUAUUUUUAACAGCUGCUUCUGCUUGAUUUGAGCUGUGAACUCGUAACGUGUUUAUGCUAAAGGGGUUUCUUUUUUUCCUCCUCUCUUUGUGCUGAAGAGGCAGCACCAGAGAUCAAAGCUUGUCUCUUCGCGUUUGGUGACGGGGAGGGAGCGCACAGAGGCCGGUGGCUCCGUGGGGCAGCGUGGCACAUGGGGGACCCUCCUGUCCUUGGGGGACCGAGGUGACAGGGCCGGGGCUGACGCGCCUCUCUCUGUCCCGCAGGUCCGGGAGCCCAGGAGCCAUGGGCAGGGACGGCCGGCACUCGGCGCCGCGGGCAGCCCCCCACGGGCGGCACUGAGCCCGGGCCAACAGCAGUGGGACCAUGGCCUGCCGGCACCGGCGCGGGGGCACGGCCACGGGCAGGGCUGGCGGGGCGGCGGGACGGGGGCUGUAGGGACGGGCGCCCGGCAGCAUGCCCGGUGGCCCCUCGCCCGCCUCCCACGCAGCAUCCCCCCUCCGCGGCGGCGCGGGAUGAGGUCGCCCGCUGCCCUGGGCAGCUCUGGGCACGGGCGCAGCCCAGGGCUCCGGCCGUCGGUGCUCGGCCCCCCGCGCCCCGCCGCAGCACCCUGCUGCAGGGCAGCGGCCCCGGGGCCCUGAGCCAUGGUCAGCCGGGAGCCCCUUCCCGGCCCGGCCCCCGCCGGCGAGGGCAGCCAGGAGAAAGCCAUGACAGUGCGCUCAGUGCUGCUCAACCGCGACUCGCCUGAUGUCGAGAGCCGCCUCAAGCGCCGGCGGAACCGCACGCAGCAGGUCCGCUUCAAGGACCUGGUGGAGGGCGGCGCGGGGCGGGCGGCCAGCCCCCCCCCAGGGCCCGCAGCAGCCACAGACCCCAACACCCCACGUGCCUCGCCGCCCCCCAGGGACGCCCCUGAGCCGGCGGCUCUCUGUGCCUCACCGCGGAGCUGGCCCCAGGCCCAGCCGGGCUCGCUGACGCUGCCCAUGCCCAGGAAGGCGUGCAUGAGCACCGCCAUCCAGACCUCCCCCAGCCUCCAAAAGCCCUUCCCGGCCUCCCAGCCCCGCAGCAAGAGCGUCUGUGACGUGGCCGGGGACUCGGUGCUGCCCGCUGCUGCGGGGAGCGCCCGGUGCCCAGGGGGGGCCGUGCCCACCGUUGCCAGCUGGGCUGUGCCCCUGUGGGUGCCUGGCAGCCUCCCCGUGCGCGAUCACGCCACAGCCCUCGCCCAGCACGCUGCAGCACCCCAUGCACCACCACCCAGGGAUCCUUGUCCCCCUUAUCUGGCCACGGCCGGGUGCCCUGCUGCCCGCUGCACCUCCCCGGCGCAGAGCUGCUCCCCCGAGCCCUGCCCGCUCCCCCCUGCCUGCGCCCGGCUCCGUGGGAACCCCAGGGGCAGCCGUGGGGCCCCCCCACGCCCGGCCUCCGUGCCCUGUGGCCAGCCCUGGCCGCCGGCUGAGCCGCAGGGGCUCGGCCGGAGCGACUCGGAGCGGAGCCUGCCCCACGGGCGCCCGCCGCCCCAGCCCACACCACACCGCCAGCAGACCAUCCCCACCACGGACACCCACGGCCUCCGCCAGACAGCUCAGGGCAACCCCCCGCGGGACCCCCCGACACCCCACCACCAGCUUUGCGGCAUGCCCUGGGGGGGACCCUGCUGCACCUCGCCAGCCCCCGUCCCACCAGCGCUGGGCCGGCACGGCUCUGCCACCGCUGUGCCGGAGAAGACACUGGCUGCGCUCGUCCGUCCGGACCCCCGCGGCAUCUGCAGCCGGCUACACGCCGCCGAGCCUGGGCACGGCCGGGCAGGACCGGAGGGGCCCGGGGACCCGCUGCCCCCGGCCCCACGGGGCGCUGGCGUGGGGACGCAGCCAUGGGACGAGGUCCCCCAGCAUGGGCAGCCCUGCCUCACCACCGAGCAGUCGCAGAUGCUGCGCCACGUCCAGGACCUUCUGCAGCUCGUGGUGGUGGCCAAGGGGCCGGUGGGACCAGCAGCGGGGGACGAGGACGCCCAGACAUCUCAGGGAGAGGGUCCCCGGGGGCCCAGGGAGCAAGGGGACCUGCAGUCCCAGCUGCAGUCCCUGGAAGGGGUGCUGGAGACCAGCCAACAGACCAUCCGGGUGCUGCUGGACGUCAUCCAGGACCUGGAGAAGAAGGAGGCCCAGCGGGACGGGAGACACUCGUACCGGACAGGGCAAGACAUCGCCAACUGCGGGACCUGCCGGGACUGUGCCUGCAUCAUCUACAGCGUGGAGCACGAUUUCCGGCAGCAGGAGGGCCGCUUCCAGCACGUGCUGAGCCAUAUCGAGGGCGAGGCGAUGCCGAGCUCCCCCGCGGCGGCGGGGGCCGCCUUGCCGCCCAGGCAAGAGCCGUCGCCAGUGAUGAAGCUGCCUGCGAAGCUGGAUGCGAAGAAAUCCAGGCGCAAAUGCUUCUGGUUCCUGUGAGCUGGCAGCGCCCCAUGGCCCAGCACGGGGGCACCACCCCAGCACUGACCCCAUGCCCAUGUCUCCUUCCUCCUCUCCCUCCCUCUGAUGGUAGGGUUUGGGUAGCACCAGCUUUUAUAUUUUUAACCGUUCAGUUUAAUGUAUUGAAGCCCCUGUGUACAUAAGGCAAGGGGAACAAUGGCUGUAUUUAAUGAGACUUCAAUAAAUUCUACAGAGACGCUAUUUUUGUUA